AGUUGUGGCUCAUAAAUCCAGGCAAGGAGUGAGGAUCCAGCUUUCCACUCAUUGCUGGGGUGUUUAUUUUAAGACUUCAAGGAGAAGUAGAAACAGCAGAGUUUCCUGACUUGGAAACUCGGACCAUCCGGGAGCAGCGGCCCGCGGGAGGGCUGUGGGGUGGGAGCCCUGGGUCCUGCCCUUUCCUCCAAGGCAGAGCAGCUGCUUUGUGCCCCUGUGGAGCUCCUGAGGAAGGGAAUGCCGGCAGGACUGUGCUGGUCCCUGUGCUGGUGAUGGGACUUUCCAUGCCCCUCUGCAGGCAGAAAAGAUGCCCAGGAACACCUGGAGCGGGCUGAGAGCCCCAGGGCAGGGCUGGACGCUGAACGCCCCGACAGCACCGGGUGUUGCUGAGCUCAGCUCUGCAGAGCCACACACCCAAACCCUCCUGGUGACAAAAGGCCGUGGUUUUCCAUCGCCACACAAAGCUGGUGGCCAGCGGUGGCUUCCGGAGCCCUGGGAGCGGCAGUGCCGGGCAGGGAGCUGGGGAGCAGCGAGGGCUGCCCGCCUGGAACAAAAGCUGCCUUACAGGGAACUUCCACAUGUGACAGCAGCCUGGGCUGUUUUAACUCAGAGAUGUGCCAGGUGCCAGCUGGGACAGGAGACUUGGAGGACCAGAUUUUCUUUGUUUUACACCAUGGAAGAAAACUUUUUCCUCACUCCCCAUGAGGAUCACAUCCAAAGGGGAACCAGCCCCAGACCUCUCCACAGAGCCACUCGCCCCAAAUUAGGGACAGAACUGGACCUGAGCAGCUCUUUACAGCUCAGUCUCUGCUCCUGCUCUGGCACUGAAGGUGAGGACAGCACUGCCCUGACUGAGAAGCUCCAUCCCUUCUGCCUCUCCUCCUGCUCCAGCCAUGCACCCACAGAUCUGCAGAGCCAAAGGUGGGUGUCUGGGCUAAGCCACGGUGAGCUGGUGAUGGGACAGCAGGAGGAAGGCCAAAAUUACCCAAAGGAAAGCACUAUUUGCUCUCUGGGAGGUGGCACUGCCCUGCCAGGUGCUCCAGGCUGGGUGAGUAGAGGAUCCCAGAGAAAUUCCCUCCCCAGUGCUGCCGCAGCUGAGGCACCUAAUGAGAUCUCCUCGCCUGUGCAUGCUAUAUUAGGGUUUCCAUGGAUAUGGUGUCACAAACACUGGGCUGUGGCUUUGUUAUAUAAACAGGAGAGAUUGCCACAAAUACCCAAAAUAUCUGAAAAGGACAGGAAGAGACAAAAGCGUUCUCUGGGUGUGUUUAUAAAGCGUUGUGUGAUCCAGGGGAUAGUGCCAGUGGGAGGUGGGAGAGGUUUGAGUGAGCUUUGGGAAGUGGAGUUUAUCUGAGGGGUGGUCUCUGACUCAGGAGCUCUGGAGAGUCACUCUGAUCUUCAAUGGGAUGUUUUUAAAUGAACAAAAAGGUGCUGCUGGCUGGGCUGUUCCUGCUCUGCUCGUGCCUGAGGGCUGGGCUCCUGCAGCUCCUGGUGUGACUGGCAUCCUUCUCCAUCCUCACUGAGCCUCACACAGAUCUUGGUCACCCCUGUUCCUGCCAUAUGCAAGGAAAUCCUGCUUCCUGCUGGGACCAGGGCUGGUGAUGGUGGUGGGGACACACAGGCAUCAACUCUCCCAGGACUGCCCACUCCUGACCCUGCUCUGCAGGACCAGCUCAUUUUUUACCAUUUCAGGUGCAAAAAGUCCCUUUUGUACAGUUGAAAAGAUCGUGUAAUGUGAGGGAAAAGCUGCUCUAGAAGGGAGGUGGGAUGUAAGGGACACAGAGACAUCAGGGUGGCUAAAAUUGUAUUGCACUCCCACUCCCCUGCCAAUAACAACACCAGAAAUAAAGUGGCUUUGCAAUAACCAUCUCCACGCAUUGGAACACAGAUUCACGUGUCCCCGCAAAAGAUGCUCCAGGCAGGAUCAACUCUGCUCCAGCCUCGCUCUGCAGGAGAGGCAUGGGAAGCUUGGCCCAGUCCUCCCAGUGGUGAUGACUGUUCCCCCAGCAGGUGCAACCCCAAGCUCCCACUAUCCACCAGUGCCUCCCUUUUCCGACCCUCCAUGUUCACCUGUGGUGACAUUCCCAGCCCAUGGC